GCAGAAUCUUUAAAGUGAUGGGAUGUGGUCGUCAGCAAUUCGCUGUCUGCUAAAAGCACCCAGUCUCAGUCAACCUAAUGGGAUGUUGUCUACCCAAAUGGAUGGCCGUGUGUGUUUUAACUUGAUUACGUGCCCUCAAGCGACACACCUAAAAACUAGGUGUUCAGGGGUGUAGCAACCUCAGUGGACGCCAGCAGGUGACGGACAGAGCAUGCCACAGAUAAACUAACACUCUAGUUGCGUUUCAAUAGUGGUUCCACAUGCCCUUGUUCACUUCCCAUAAGCACUUGCCCUUGGGGGAAUCCCCGCUGCCAUCGUAACUGUCUUUCCAUUUGUCUAAAAAAAAAAAAACUGAAGUGAACUUGGUGAGAUGGACCCUCGGAGGGCUGAGGGAGAAAGUGAACGAUGGUCACUCCAGAGGAGGAUAUUACCCACAAUGCUUUGCAGUUAUUCAUUUGGUGCAAGAAUUCAUCCAUGGUUAGGUGGCAGUAAUGUACAACCGGUAAAACUCGGUUGCUGACCACAAAAGAAGUGGUAUUGAAUGCAGCAGAUGUAUGAAGAAGUGUAGGUGACUUAUACAACAACAAUGGGGAAGAGGAAGGUGCCAGAUCUGUACAGAGCCCCCUUUCCUUUAUACUCCAUUAAAGUGGAUCCUAAAACUGGGCUUGUAAUCACAGCAGGAGGAGGGGGGGCUUCCAAGACCGGCAUAAAGAAUGCUGUGCAAUUCCUGGAUCUACAGCUGGUUGGAGAACACCAGUACAGUGCCAGUCUCCUUCACUCUCAUGACACGGACACACGUGCCACCAUGAACAUGGCUAUAGGCAAUGGUGUGAUUGCUGCAGGACAGGACGGGACCUGCUCUCUGAUGAGGUUUAAACACUGCUCGCAGAAAGAGAAAGGCAAAGCUGCUGCUGAGGAUGCAGAAAACAGCGUGCAGCAGGGUAAUGCCAGGCGAAGAGCUGGGAAAAGAGACAAAGGUGGUCCGGAUGAAGCUGCAGCAUCUGGAGAUAUUUCACCUAUGAAGGAUGAGACGGCUCAUAUCUCGGUGACUGGUUUGGCUGAAGUGCAGUCAGACCUGAACCCCGUGGACCCGCUUCAGAAAGUAGUCAGGUUCAGUCCAGACCUGAGCCUUCUGCUGACAGGAGGCACAGACGGACACAUACGAGUCUGGGAGUUUCCAUCGCUAAAGAAGAGGUUUGACUUUAAAGCACAUGAAGGGGAGGUUGAAGACUUGGAUAUGAGUCCAGGGAACAAGCACCUGGUGACUGUUGGCCGGGACUUCUCCUGCAGUGUAUGGAGUGGCAGCCAGUUGGCUAUGGGUCUGAAAUGGCUUGAAACCAUGCCUCAAGUAGCUGAGAAGACCUAUCGAUAUAUGGCUUGCAGGUUUGGAAAGGUAGCCGACCAAAAAGGCGCCCUGAGGCUUUACACUGUCCAGAUCCCCCAUAAACGAGACAGAAAACCUCCUCCUUGCUACCUCACCAAGUGGGACGGCAAGAGCUUUCUGCCCAUGCUGACGGCUCCCUGUGGCACCGAGGUCAUCUCCAGUCUGGCUGUCAGUGACUCUGGAACAUUUCUUGGCCUUGGAACUGUAACAGGAUCAGUGGCAAUCUACAUUGCUUUCUCCCUACAGAAGCUGUAUUAUGUACAGGAGUCCCAUGGCAUUGUUGUGACAGACCUGGCCUUCCUGCCUGACUCGCUGAAAGGCAAAAAUAUCAAAGGAAAUAAUGAAACCGCCAUGUUGAGUGUAGCUGUGGACAGCCGCUGUCAGGUUCAUGCUGUCCCCAACCGAAGAUCCUUUCCUAUCUGGCUAGUGUUGUUCUUUUGUGGCCUCAUGGUGGUGGGAGUCGUUCUCCUCCUACAGUACCUCUUUCCAGGAUUUAUUUAAAUCAUGCAAAUGUUGUCCCAGGUCAUGGUUGAUGGAACUUCACAUCUUCACAUGACUUGCUUUGCUGCUGUCAAUAUCAGCAGUGCUCAGUCCAACAUCCACACCUCCCCAGUGCUGCAUCACAACUCCCAGCUGAGCUAUUGAAGGCUCUUCAGCUACAGCGCUGACUCUAAACCGCUUUUAUGGUUCCCUGACACUGUCCUCCUCAGCUAUUACUCAGGGUUGUUCCUCUCAGACCUGUAAACACAGUGGAAUCAAACCAGGACAGACGAUUGCAUUUGCUUUGAUCUCUAUCAAUUAUUCUUCUUCUUUUUUGGAUUCAUGUUGGUGAGUUGACGGGCUCAGGUUCGUGAAUAUUUAAAGGGUGGAAUCUUUUUAUUGACAUAUUUAAGGAACAAUGUAAAAAAUAUAUAAAUGAUUGGCACAAUG